AGAAAUCUCUGCCGGUGUUGUUGGGUUUGUUGUUUUUGGGUUGAACGCAACGAGGAAGUAGACCUACUAUGACAGCUGACGUUCACAAACUAUCUAAGGCACGGUUUGGACCAAAACAUGGCUUCGAUGUGAUUGAUACUCAGUCCUGAAAGUUUUAUAUAAACACAUAAUGUGUGUGUGUAGCUACAGUGUACUACAGCCAGCAAUGUUUUUAGGGAUUAAAUCCUAUCCUCAGCAUUCCUUGGAUAUCUAAAGGAAAUGAUUGAUCUGUUUUGAAGUAGAAUUACCAAAAGCAAAGUUCAGACAGUUAAGGGCUUCUCAGAGCUGUGAACCAAAGCUUUCCUCAGCUUUAAAUGGACUUUUGGAUUUUAAAAUUACAUUUAAAAACAUCGUCUGGUUUAUAUAUCAGUCACACUUAGUCUUGGAUUAUUUCUUUUUACGCCAUGGAGGUUAUACGCCCCAGUUCCAACUCUUCCGUGCCUCCUCCUUUCCCAAUAAUGCCAGCUAUGGCUCCGUCUGUACAGCUCGGAGUCACCAUCCUUUACACUUGCCUGUACGGAGCUCUGUUCCUGAUAGUGUACAUCCAGCUCUGGUUGUUGUUAUUCUGUCGUCAUAAGAGAUGGAGCUACCAGAGUGUUUUUCUGUUCCUCUGCCUGUUUUGGGCAGCCCUUCGUACUACUCUGUUUUCCUUUUACUUCGGUGAUGCUGUUGCCGCCAACCACCUGCCCACUCCGAUAUACUGGCUCCUCUACUGUUGCCCCGUGUGCCUCCAGUUCUUUACUCUGAGCCUCAUCAAUCUCUAUUUUACGCAGGUCUUGCUCAAAGUUAGAGACUCGUUUAGUAUCGAACCCAGGAACCGAUUGUAUGUGGCCCGCUGUGUGUAUGCAACCAUGAGUGUGGUCUUCUUAGGUGUCAAUGUGGUUUGUGCCAGUCUUGGGGAGAGAGGGGACACAGGCAGGGUCAGGAACAAAACCUGGACGCUGGUACUAGUCCGUGUCUUGGUAAAUGACCUCCUUUUCAUCAUCGAGGCUGUGUGUCUGGCCACUUCGCUGCUGCUCCUGACUCGGUUCUCUCCCACCACCAGCCCUUAUUUACACAGUAAGGGGACCAGCCUUUGCAGGACAGCUGUAUUAGGAGCAGGUGUGAUCCUUCUCUUCCUCAGCAGAGCGUGCUAUAACCUUACCGUACUCAUCAUGUCACAGAAUUACAAGGUGGAGUCCUUCGGCUUUGACUGGUACAACAUCUCGGAUCAGGCUGAUCUUCGUAAUGAUCUCGGAGACAUGGGCUACAUUAUUUUCGGAGCGAUUCUUUUCAUAUGGGAGCUCCUCCCCACAAGCCUGCUGAUUCUCAUCUUCAGAGUGCCACGUCCUAAUAAAGAAAUGAACUGUAGUCCUGCCGUCAACACAACGGCUUCACGCUCAUAUUUCUUUGAUGAUCCACGAGGGAUGGAUGGUGACACGAACGCUACUUGGUCUUUCAGCAUACGCCCUAAUAGCAGCUGGUUUGGCUCCAGUGAGACGACGCCGUUGUUGUUCAACAGAACAGAUCAGACGAACCAGCAUCACUCCCUCUACUCCACCCCACAGACUUGAGCACUCCACAGGAGGGAUUUUAAGGGAUUUGGCAUUGACUAGUCUCAGGCAAUAACGCAUAAGUACCUCAGCGUGUGGAGCCCGAUAGGUGAUAUUUGCACUGAAACCUGGUCACACACUCGUGCAUAACAUUUUCAUGUUUCCAACUUAAUAGCUAUAGCAGUGUUUUAAGGAUGCUUGCAGGCUCUAUUCUGUUUACAUAAACUAGGACCACUAAAGGACUCUUCCCCUGACUCACUUAAAUUUGUCAAAGUUUUUUGUAUUUU